CAGCGACGGUAGUCGUAUACUUCACUGCUGUGUCAACACUACAACGAUGGUCAUGCUGCCUCAGACGACGGCGACAUCUCCAGUAAUGCAUUGGUAGGCAAUCCCUGUAAAAGAGACUCUGGAAUGCUCGAAGUCCGCUCUGCUCAUACACCAGACUCCCCAUCUCCCUCCUGCUCCUUCGUCGCGACCACACACCCUUCAGACUCCAAUCAUGGCCGAGAUCGCGCCCAGAGAAGUCACUCCGCCACCUCUACAAGCCCCAACGGCCAAAGAGAGGAAAUACGACAGGCAGUUGCGGCUAUGGGCAGCAUCGGGGCAGCGGGCGCUGGAAGAGUCCCAUGUGCUCUUAGUCGUCGGUGACGAGAACCACGGCUCAAACAGCAGUGUUGCGGGCGUUGAAGCCUUGAAGAACUUGAUCCUUCCUAGCGUUGGGAGCUUUACGAUUGCCGACUCUGCACAAGUUACACCGCAAGACUUGGGCGUCAAUUUCUUUCUGGAGUCUGACGGCCUUCACAAAUCAAGAGCAGAGGAGACACGGCGGCUUCUAUCAGAGUUGAAUCCGGAUGUGACCGGGCACGCCAUCACCGUCCCUCUAGCAGAGUGGUUGCCGGUCGAAGGGUCUUUGAAGCCAUAUAACCUCAUUAUUGUUUGCGGUCCCAUAUCAUCAGAGAUUCUUCAGCGGAUAUGCCAGUAUGCGCUGCAGAACUCAAUACCAGCAAUUUACGUACAGUCCGCCGGCUUCUAUGCGGCUUUCUCCAUCCAACUCCCUACCGAAUUCCCCAUAGUCGACACUCAUCCCGACCCCGAGAGCACGCAAGACCUCCGCUUGCUUGCACCCUGGCCUGAACUAGAAGCUGCCGUGGACUCGCUGGGCGAUCUCACAUCCAUGUCAGAUCACGACCACGGCCACAUCCCUUACAUUCUGCUCUUGUUAUAUUAUUUAAGGCAGUGGAAGGCCAGCCACAACGGCAACGUCCCCUCAAAUUUCAAGGAAAAGACCGAAUUCCGCGACCUGGUGCGUUCGGGAGCAAGGACCGACAACGCCGAAGGCGGCGAGGAGAACUUCGACGAAGCGUGUGCGGCCGUCUUGAAGUCGAUCGCUCCGCCUCCUAUUGGCAGCGGCUGCAGAGAAAUGAUGAGUAUGCCGUCCUGCACCAAUCUGACGGCCGGCUCGGCCAACUUCUGGGUCGUCGCAAACGCCGUCACGUCCUUUUACGACUCGCACGGCGUACUCCCUCUGCCAGGGUCCUUGCCGGACAUGAAGGCCACCAGUGCAGAAUACAUCAAGCUACAGGGCAUCUACAAGGCAAAGGCACGAGCCGAUGUAGCCGAAGUGAUUCAACUGGUUCGUCAGACGGAGAAGUCGCUAGGACGAGCCACACCCGUCCCUGAAACCGAAAUCGAAGCCUUCUGUAAGAAUGCCUCUCACGUCCGCGUUUUGACGAAUACCAACAAUGAUCCGUUCCCGUCGCUCAGGCUUGCCAUGAGUGACCCCAAAACAGUUUCUCGUCUGGCCUCUCUGAUCGAGAACGACUGGGAAGCUCUCCUUCCUGUAUUCGUGGCACUCAACGCAAAGGCGACUCCCUCUUACCAAAUAGAUGUGACGGCGCUAUCUUCGGAUCCUGAAGUACAGGAGAAUUUGUCCAAGGCAAUUGCAGAGGUCGAGCGAGUUGCAGGUGGCGAGCUGCACAAUAUCUCCAGCGUGAUCGGGGGCAUGGUGGCGCAGGAGUCGAUCAAGCUGUUGACCAGGCAGUAUGUUCCCGUUGCCGGAACAUGCGUGUUUGACGGCAUCAGGAGCAAAAGCGGUGUGUUCAAAAUCUAGAAAGUGACUACGAAAGGAGCAUUUGGUGUACCACGAGGGGGCGUUACUCCUUCUUGACUGACCGCAAGUUGGGCGCGCAAUGGGCAUCGCACGAAUGAGAUGAAUCAAAAAGUCAUGUUAGCCAUAGCAGAUCGGGGAGCAGAGAAGCGGAAAGCAUUACAUUAUGGACAUAAAACUGCCAUUUAAUUCUUGAUAUCUUGUGUGGGCAGGCGUAUCUGAUGGAGCCGUGGAGCAUGAGUGAUUUGCAUUGUAUCCCUUCCCUUUGUCAAAUCAAGCGAUAUUGAAUUCGUCAGCACCACCUCCCAACACCAUCAACUUGUUCUUGCGGAUCUUCUCGCGCAUUUUCCUGGCCGCCUCGUCCGCGUCACCCGUGUCAUCCAAGUCAGCAUCACGUUUCCCGCCAGUAGCAGCAGUGCCCGAGUCUCCUUUGGUUCGGGCUUGUUGCGAUGUACUACCACUAACAGCUCUACGACCACCACUACCGCCACCACCUCUCUGACCAACAACAUUGACCCGGCCAGGGGGGUCACGCAGCCCAAAAGCCUUAGCCAAAUGGCCGAGAUGCAAAUCUUUGAUAUCGAACCAUUUCCGCUCGGCGCCGACAUGGGUGGCGUAGGCGCGGACAUGGCUCUGAAAGGCACGCUUGGCCAGUUCUUUGUGCGCCGGACUAGACAGGACCCAGCGCUCAACGUCGAGUUGGAACUCGGUGGCGCGGGCUUCCCAGUCUUGACCAGCUUUGCUGGUUUUGGUCGCAACCACGCCCGUCAGAGGCGAGAAGCCCUUCUUGAGAACCUCGUCGGCCGUCGAUGCCGUGACGUUGCGAGAGGUGUCGGUGGCGUUUUCCGAGGACGAGGAUCGCUUGUACGAGCUCUUCAGGACGUCGACGUAGCCUUCCUCUUUGCCCGGCAACAAGAAGAUGAUGGCGCGUCCGUCGCGGCCCAAGCGUGCCGUGCGUCCAAUUCGGUGAAGGUGGUCGUCGGAGCUGAAUGCCGGGUCGUACUCGAUCACUAGGUCGAGAUUAGGCAGGUCGAGUCCGCGCGAUGCCACGUCCGUGGCGAUCAGGAGUGAUGGCGCCGUCGUCUGCUCGAAGUGCUUGACUAUGUUUGUCCGGGUCGCUUGGGGGAGUGAGCCGUGCAGUUUGUAGAGCGUGACGUUGUUGUUGGGAGAUGAGAGGAUUGGGGAGGGCGAUAUUGAGUCUGAUGAAUCGGGUGUCGUGGCAGUAGUGGUGGUGGUCGAUGUCGAGCGUUUUUUAGCGUCUUUAGUGUCUGCUUCGGCAGAAUCAGAGGAUGAGGCUUCUCCAUCAGCCUCAGUUUUGGUUGCGGUUGUAGUAGAUGUCGCUUUCGAAUCGUCCACUUUUUCAUUUUCCGAGGCUCUUGUAAACACCUUGUGGUGGAACUCGACCGAGUCCGCGCA